AUGGAGAAACACGUGGAUCCGAGUCGUAUCGUUCUUCUUGGAUUCUCAAUUGGAUCAACUGCGACUGUUGAGUUGUUAAAAGAGGAAAAAGAUCGGAAACCGCCAGCUGGAGUGAUUCUACAAGCCCCGCCCACUUCACUUCUUCGAGUUUUCGGAAAUAUGAUUGGAAGGAAGAAGCAUUUGGAGAAGCCCACUUGCUGUCUGGAUCGAUUUGUAACCAUUGAUAAAAUUCAUGAAGUCACAAUUCCAAUUCUGGUAAUUCAUGGAAAAGAUGAUAAAACUGUUCCGAUUGAACAUGGAGAGUUGAUAUGUCAGAGAGCAGUUACAAAGGUCACUCCUGAAUGGGUUCCCGAUGCAGCACAUGACAAUAUUGAGAAUUGUCGAGUUGUUUGGAAACGAAUUCGGAAAUUCAUCAGAGAAGAACUCAAACUCAAAUGA